AUGAACCACACCAGGCCUCGCUAUGUCAUCGAACGUCCUGCAUAUUCGGUCAGCCUCUUCGACGAAGAGUUUGAGAAGAAAAGCAGAAGUUACCCCAUUGGGGAAAAAUUGAAAAACCUUUUCAGAUGUUCAGCUUCCAGAUUCAAACUCACCCUCUUUGGCCUGUUCCCAAUACUUGUGUGGCUUCCCAAGUAUAAAAUUAAGGACUACAUUUUGUCCGAUGUUCUUGGUGGGCUCAGUGCAGGGACGAUUCAAGUGCCACAAGGGAUGGCCUUCGCGCUGCUGGCCAAUCUGCCUCCUGUCAACGGGCUCUACUCCUCCUUCUUCCCUUUGGUAACAUACCUCUUCCUUGGCGGUAUCCAUCAGAUGGUCCCAGGUACUUUUGCAGUCAUCAGCAUUAUUGUUGGGAACGUCUGCAAUGAGCUGGCUCCAGAGUCAGACUUCCAGUACGUCAACGAGACUACCAAUGAGACCAUCGUGAAUACCACAGCGCUGGAAGCAGCUAGGCUGGAGAUCUCUGCCACAUUAGCCUGCCUGACAGCCAUCAUACAACUGUGCCUGGGAUUCGUGCAGUUUGGCUUUGUUGCUAUCUACCUCUCAGAGUCUUUCAUCAGGGGCUUCAUGACAGCAGCAGGGUUGCAGAUCCUCAUCUCCGUGCUCAAGUACGUCUUCGGCUUGACAGUCGCAUCUUACACCGGGCCCUUAGCUAUCGUCUAUACAUUCAUUGAUAUUUGUAAAGGUCUGCCCCAAACCAACGUGGCCUCCCUGGUCUAUGCCUUGGUCAGUGCUGUGCUCCUGAUCGUUGUCAAGGAGCUCAACCUAAAGUACAUGAAAAAGAUCCGGAUGCCCAUCCCCAUGGAGAUCAUCAUCGUAAUAGUGGCGACUGCAAUCUCUGGCAGCUUUAACAUGCCCGAGAAGUACCACAUGCCCAUAGUUGGGAAGAUCGGCAUGGGGUUCCCAGCACCAACCCUGCCCCUGGUGAACACGUGGAAAGACAUGAUUGGCACAGCUUUCUCACUCGCCAUCGUGGGCUACGUGAUCAACUUAGCCAUGGGGAGAACGCUGGCAGCCAAGCAUGGCUACGACGUGGACCCCAACCAGGAAAUGCUGGCCCUGGGCUGCAGCAACUUCUUUGGAUCCUUCUUCAAAAUCCACGUGAUCUGCUGUGCUCUCUCCGUCACUCUUGCCAUCGAUGGGGCAGGAGGGAAAUCACAAGUGGCAAGUUUCUUUGUGGCCUUGGUGGUUAUGGUGACCAUGCUGGCUCUGGGGAUCUACCUCGAACCUCUUCCAAAGUCUGUCCUGGGAGCCCUCAUUGCAGUGAACCUGAAAAACUCCCUCAAGCAGCUGGCUGACCCCUUCUACCUGUGGAAGAAGAGCAAGCUGGACUGCUUGGUCUGGCUGGUGAGCUUCCUGUCUGCUUUCUUCCUGAGCCUUCCCUACGGAGUCGCUGUGGGCGUGGGAUUUUCCGUGCUGGUCGUGGUUUUCCAUACCCAGUUCCGUAACGGCUCUGCCCUGGGCCAAGUACCUUCCACUGACAUCUACAAGAACCCUAAAGCCUACAACAAGGUACAUGAACUUAAUGGGAUUAAAAUUGUGACCUACUGCUCGCCACUGUAUUUUGCCAACUCAGAGAUAUUCCGCGAGAAGAUUAUAGCCAAGACCGGGGUGGAUCCUGGUAAAGUCUACUUAGCCAGGAAGAAAUAUGUGAAACGGCAGAAGGGAACAGCACAACCACCAACAAAGCUACCGAAAUUCUUAUUGAAGCAGAACAAGACCUUGUCUUUGCAAGAGCUCCAGAAAGACUUUGAAAGCACCUCUCCAACAGAUACCAAUAACAACCAGACGACUGCUAAUGGUGCCAGCAUCUCCUACGUCACGUUCCGUCCACCUGCCAACGGUGCUGAGCAAGUACAUACCUCCAGUGAGCUGGGCAGCACCACUACUCUGCAAGGAAGCACUUUCAGUGUCAUGCCUAAAGCAGACGUUGACCCUAUAAUGACAGCACCGCCCUAUAUCAGCUUUCACACCAUCAUCCUGGACAUGAGUGGAGUGUGUUUUGUUGACCUCAUGGGCACAAAAGCACUGGGCAAGUUGUGUUCCAGUUAUCAGAAGAUUGGGAUUAAAGUGUUCUUGGCAAAUGUGCAUGCCCAGGUGUACAAUGACAUUAGCGCAGGUGGAAUCUUUGAGGAAGGAGGCCUGGACCGAAGUCACAUCUUCUUGACGAUCCAUGAUGCUGUUUUGUUUGCACUGGCAAAUAUCAAAGAAGUUGUCCACCCGCCCGUCUUAGAAGAGGGGCCAAAUCAGACACAGCUCUCCAUCUAUGACGAGUCUGUGGAUGAAAGUGCGGAGUUCAAGAACUUGGAGGAGGAGAUGUUUGGAAGCAUGUUCCGCUCAGAGACCCAGACAGCUCUGUGA